GCAUGCGUCUUUUACGUGAGCCAUUAUUUUGUCCUCCUCAAGCUUCAAAUGAACAACAGGCUAAGCGUUCCUUGAAAUGAAUUAAAUAUUUAUACACGGAAGAAGCGUUUAUUCCUCUCGUUCUCCGCCGCCGACAUACAUGGAGUCUCUCGGUCAAUAGCUCGUUGUGCCGCCGGGCUGUUCGGUCCUCCGUUGGACUUGGAGGCCGAAAACAGUGCGCGGAGUGACAGCUCCGUUAAAGCCAGCAGAUUGGGUGUUUAUCUAGUUGGCUAGCUACACAGCUAGCUUCCUAGACAGCUAAGAGGAGGGAGGAAAACCCGAAAGUCAAGCGACAGAGCCGCUCCGGUGCCGUCCGACCUGCCAGGGGGAUGGCACACCUUCGAGACAUGCAAAACCAGAAUACCCGGCUGGACCCUGAAGAAUACUUCACCAAGCAAGAGCGUAUUGGCAAAGGCUCCUUCGGAGAGGUCUAUAAAGGCAUCAACAACCGCACGAAAGAAGUGGUGGCCAUUAAAAUAAUAGAUCUGGAAGAGGCAGAGGAUGAGAUUGAAGACAUUCAGCAGGAGAUCACUGUACUGAGUCAGUGCGACAGUCCUUUUGUCACCAAGUAUUAUGGAUCAUACCUGAAGGGGACCAAGCUGUGGAUUAUCAUGGAGUAUUUAGGUGGUGGAUCCGCUCUGGAUCUGCUCCGUCCAGGGCCUCUUGAAGAAACUUACAUUGCUACUAUAUUGAGGGAAAUUCUGAAGGGCCUGGAGUAUCUGCAUUCUGAAAGGAAGAUUCACAGAGAUAUAAAAGCUGCCAAUGUGCUCUUGUCGGAGCAGGGGGAUGUGAAGUUGGCUGAUUUCGGGGUGGCAGGACAGUUGACAGAUACCCAGAUUAAGAGGAACACAUUUGUUGGCACGCCUUUCUGGAUGGCGCCAGAGGUUAUCAAACAAUCAGCCUAUGACUUUAAGGCAGAUAUCUGGUCUCUGGGAAUCACUGCCAUUGAGUUGGCUAAAGGGGAACCUCCCAACUCUGAUCUGCAUCCCAUGCGAGUCCUUUUCCUCAUUCCCAAAAACACUCCACCCACACUUGAGGGACCUUACAGCAAGCCCUUCAAAGAGUUUGUGGAGGCUUGUCUAAAUAAAGAUCCUCGUUUUAGGCCAACUGCCAAAGAGCUUCUCAAGCACAAGUUCAUCACACGUUACACCAAGAAGACGGCAUAUCUGACAGAGCUAAUUGACCGCUACCGACGCUGGAAGUCAGAGGGACAUGGGGAGGAAUCAAGCUCUGACGACUCAGACAUGGAUGCUGAUGGUGAUGUUGAUACCUGCCCCAUCUGGACCUUUCCCACAGUCAGACCCAGUUCUAUGAACAAGUUACAGAAGGGCUAUGCACACACAGAUUCAGAGUCAGGAGACUCGGUGAAAAGACAACCCAAGUCUCAGUGCUUGUCUGCUUUGGUAACACCCAUCUUCAGAGAGUUAAAGGAGAAGCGUCGGGCGAGUGGUGGCGGCGUAGGAGCCAUUGAGGAACUGGAGAACGCCUUCAACCUCGCAGAGGAGUCCUGUCCAGGCAUCUCCGACCGCCUUGUCACACACAUGAUGGAGAGAGUGUGCAGGUUUUCUUUAAAUGGUAACACCACCUCGUCUUUGCGAUGAACCCCCAGUUGAAUGUAACUGCCCUCCUGUUUUGUUGCCUCCACACCCUCCCAACCGCUCGGAUAAGGACCACAGAAGAACCCCACAGCCCACAGCCCCUUCACUUCUCCCUUACCUUUGCACCCUUCCCAAUCCAGUCCCUGAAGAGAUCUUUUAAUUAGUUAUAAUUAAAUAUUUUUACAGUUUUUCUUUAAGAAUGGAGAGUAUUUAAGACAAAAGCCAUGACAUUUAGAGCGUUGUGUUAGAUUGAGAAGAAAAAUAUAAUAAAGUGUAUGUAAAACCUC